AAAAUUAUGAUAGUCAGUCAGCGUCCGAUCGGGACAGAGCUGGUCAGUCAGCUUUAAUGUGCGUAGACUGGACUGGACGUGUGACUGGAAAGCAUCAAAGGAUGAUUAAUGUCAGUAGAAUGCAUCAAGAAUUGGGAAAUUCAGUUUGCAAUGCUCUUCCUGGACUGCAUGCUUUGACUGGAUGUGAUUUUAACCCAGCUUUUUACAGGAAAGGUAAAAAAAACCUCUGCAGAUAAUUAAGCAAAGCGAAGAUUUUCAAAAAACAUUCGCUGACCUUGAACUUGUAGAUGCAAGCAACUAAAAUAACAUGUUCAAUAAGGUUCAAGAAUUUGCCAUUUAUACGGCUUGAAAAAAAUUAAAUCAAUUGACGAGGCAAGAUUCGUUUUAUUUUCACAGACGUAUAAAUGUUUAAGCACCACAAAUCAUCCUUUUAAAAUUAAAAUAAAGAAUAUAGAUGGGUCGAGUAUGCCACCAUGCCAAUCGGAAUUGAUGCAGCAGUUCUUAAGAGUGAGCUUCAUUUCAAAUAUUUGGCGUAAUGCUCACCGUCAAAUUCCAACGGAGCUAUCUCCUACAGACUACGGGUGGAAAUUGGUGGAUGAGAAAUAUGACUUUGAUUGGUUCAAAGGUGACCAAUUACCAGAACUUGUACAAGAUGUCAUUAUUCCACCUCUACAAGAAAAUACAGAUUCUGCAACACCCGAGCUCGACUUGUCAGAUCACGAUAGUGAAAAUGAUGAUAUGGAUUCAGAUGAAGAUUCAGAUUAUGAAUCAUGUGAUGAUUCUUUAUAGCUUGUUAUCGUUAAUGAAUUAAAUAAAUAUUAGAAAUGUUUGAAAA